CGCGCCCGGCGAAGGGGCCGGAGACGCGGCGGCGGCGGCGGCGGCAGCAAGAUGGCGGCCAAGUCGGAUGGCGGCGGCGGCGGCGUGGGCUUCGCCCAGCUGCAUAACCUGGACGAGGCGGCGGCGGCGGCGGCGGCGGCGGGCGUCUGCGGCGGCGGCGGCGUCGGGGCAGCGGCGGCCGAAGGCGCGGAGGAGCCGGGCGGCAGCAGCUCCUUGCACAUCUGCCACUGCUGCAACACGUCGUCGUGCUACUGGGGCUGCCGGAGCGCCUGCCUGCGGAGCCUCUUCGGGCGGGCGGCCGCCGCCGCCGCCGCCGAGCCGCUGGCCCCGCGCCCCGCCGCCGAGGGGCCGCCGCGGGCGCCGGAGGGCGGUGAGGCGGGCGAGCGGCCGUGGCUGGACUGCCUGUGGAUCGUGCUGGCGCUGCUGGUGCUGCUGGGGGACGUGGGCACGGACCUGUGGCUGGCGCUGCACCACUACGGCCGGCGGGACUACGUCUGGUGCGGCCUGACGCUGGCCUUCGUGCUGCUGCCCUCGGUGCUGGUGCAGAUCCUCAGCUUCCGCUGGUUCGUGCAGGACUACACGGGCGGCGGGCUGGGCGCCGUGCAGGGCCUGAGCAGCCGCGGGCCGCCCAUGAUGGGGGCCGCCGGCCGCCGGGGGGGACCCGCCGGCGGGGUAGGAGGAGCCGCCGGCACCGCCACCCCCGGGGCGCAGCGCCUCUGCAGGAUCUCCGUCUGGGUCUGGCAGUCCGUCAUCCACCUGCUGCAGAUGGGGCAGGUCUGGAGGUAUAUCCGAACUAUGUACUUGGGGAUCCAGAGCCAGAGGCGGAAGGAACACCAGCGGCGUUUCUACUGGGCUAUGAUGUACGAAUAUGCAGACGUCAACAUGCUGCGCCUCCUGGAAACAUUCCUCGAGAGCGCCCCUCAACUGGUGCUACAGCUCUGCAUAAUGAUCCAAAAGAACCGUGCAGAAACAUUACCAUGUGUGUCCUCUGUGGCCUCCCUGAUGUCCCUGGCUUGGGUGCUAGCCUCCUAUCACAAGCUUCUUCGGGACUCUAGGGACGACAAGAAGAGUAUGAGCUACAGAGGGGCCCUCAUCCAUCUCUUCUGGCGCCUCUUCACCAUCUCAUCCCGAGUUAUUUCUUUUGCUCUCUUUGCUUCCAUCUUCCAGCUCUACUUUGGGAUCUUUGUAGUGGUCCAUUGGUGUGCCAUGGCUUUCUGGAUCAUCCAUGGUGGGACAGAUUUCUGCAUGUCUAAGUGGGAGGAGAUCCUCUUCAACAUGGUGGUAGGGAUUGUGUACAUUUUCUGCUGGUUUAAUGUCAAGGAAGGGCGGACUCGAUACAGAAUGUUUGCGUAUUACACGGUAGUCCUGACGGAGAACGCUGCCUUGACGCUCCUUUGGUAUUUUUACAGAGAUCCUGACACUACUGACUCAUAUGCCGUGCCAGCACUGUGUUGUGUCUUUCUUAGCUUUGCUGCUGGGAUAGCUUUGAUGCUGUUAUAUUAUGGUGUGCUGCAUCCCAUGGGGCCAAGAGCUAAGAUCUUUGCCAGCUCCUGUUGCGCCGAGCUGCUCUGGGGCAUUCCUUUGCCCCCCGAUGUUGAGCCCAUGGCACCCCAAACCCCUGGGUACCGGGGGGCCCAGGCUACGCCCACCAGAGCGGUCACGGAGCAACAGGAGGAACUCACAGCUGACACUUGCUUGCCCGUUUUCCAGGUGAGAGCAAUGGUACCAUCUACUCCAUCUGGGCGACCCUACCCCCCCGAGGGGCCUCUCAUUAAGAUUGACAUCCCAAGAAAAAGAUAUCCUGCAUGGGAUGCUCAUUUUGUAGACAGGAGGUUAAGAAGAACUAUCAACAUCCUCCAAUAUGUCACCCCCACAGCUGUAGGUAUUAGGUAUAGAGAUGGACCUCUCUUAUAUGAGUUGCUACAAUAUGAAUCUUCACUUUAA